AUGAACAUCCAUCAAAGCAUAACGGAAGGGGGAUUUCUGUUGGAUGCUGUAGUUGGAAGUGCCCUGGCAGACAUGUAUGCAAAAUGUGGAAACAUAGACAAGGCACUUGAAUUAUUCGACAGCAUGUCUCAAAAAGAUGUCAUCUCAUGGAUUUCCAUGAUUGCAGGAUAUGUUCAAAAUAGGUUUGGUGAAAAAGCCUUGGAAACUUUCAAACAACUGCAAUUGGCGGGUGUAAAGCCAGACUCCUCAACCUUUGCCAGCAUCCUCCCUGUGUGUGCUCAAAUUGGAGCUUUGGAACUGGGUGUAAAGACAAAUGCCACAACCUUUUCCGGCAUCCUUCCAGCCUGUGCCAAAUUAGGAGCUUUGGAACAGGGAUAUGUACAAAAUGGAUUUUAUAAGGAUGCUCUCAAUUUUUUUGAAUUAAUGAAGGAUUCUGGAACAUCUCCUGACAUUGUAAGCUUUGCUUGUGUUCUAUUUGCAUGCAGCCAUGCAAGUUUAGUGGAUGAGGGUUGUACAUACUUCAAUUGCAUGAGUCUGAAUGGCAUUAAACCUACAGUUGAUCAUUAUGUGUGCAUGGUUGACCUUCUUGCGCGUGUUGGCUAUCUUGAGGACACACUAAACUUUAUCAUUAAGAUGCCUGUUAAACAUGAGGUGGUUGUGUGGAUGUGUUUUCUUGGUGCCUGUAGAUCACAUAAGAUUAUAGGCUUAGGAGUAUUUACAUCAACACUGCUUCUUGAUUUUGAUCCUAAAAAUGCUGCGACUUAUGUUUUACUCUCAAACAUUUAUGCAGAAGUGGGCAGAUGGGGUGAAGUUCAAAUGGUAAGGAAAUUGAUGAAAGACAGAGGAAUUAUAAAGAUCCCUGGAUGUAGUUGGAUUGCAGACCAUAAAACGGUACAUGCUUUUUGUGUAGGAGACAGAUCACAUCCACAUACAGAGAAGAUCUAUAAAAAGUUGAAGGAAUUGGCUUACGAGAUGAAGGCAGCAGGGUAUCUUCCAGAUUCAAGACAUUCACUUAAUAAUGUGGAAGAGGAGGAAAAAGAAUUAUUUCUCUGCCACCAUAGCGAAAAGUUGGCAAUUGCAUUUGGUUUGUUAAACACACCUCCUGAAAAAACUAUUAGAGUUGUUAAAAAUCUUCGAGUAUGUACUGAUUGUCACACUGCAAAACAAAAUUUAUCUCCAAAAUCAUUGGAAGAGAAAUUGUUGUGA